GUGGAUCUGCGUUUGUUGUCUGUCUACUGGCGCUCCGCGCUCGUGACACUUUUUUACGAAGAUCCGCUCAGUAGUCGAGGCUACAGGAAUCCUAACGACGAUGGAAGCGUGUGUGGCGCAAACCUGCACCUCGGCAGCUACAGCUAACUCAUCAGCCUUUUUGUUCACUCAACUAAUUCAGGCUUUAUUGGUCGCUCAAUGCUCCAUAAAGAGCCAGCACAACUACCCGGCCGACCGUACCCAAGAGAUUCUCGAUCAAAACCUGGACUUUGACUUCAUAGUAGCCGGGGGUGGCUCAGCUGGUUCAGUAUUGGCUAAUCGUCUGACCGAGAAUCCCAACUGGCGUGUCCUUCUUGUCGAACGAGGUGAUGACCCUUCAAUCACAAGUGAUAUUCCCGGCUUACUUUUAACGCUCCAGCAUACUCCCGAGGAUUAUGACUAUAAAGUGGAGACGAACAAGUAUUCGUGUCUUGGUAUGCGAAACAAGAGUUGCGCUUGGCCCACAGGAAAGGCUCUUGGUGGAAGUUCGGUGAUAAAUGCGAUGAUUUAUAUUCGAGGCAACAAACAAGAUUUUGAUGUCUGGAAGGAUCAGGGCAAUGAUGGCUGGGGCUACGAGGACGUGCUCCCAUAUUUCCUUAAGAUCGAGAAUUUUCACCCAGAGGUAGUUGCCAAAUACGGUGGUACAUUUGGAACUGGAGGACCACUUACGCUCAGGCCUUACAAUUACUCGGUGUCCGGGGCCCAGGAUUUGCUCCUCGAAGCAGCCAAAGAGUUGGGAAUACCGGUCUUGGACAUGUUCAACAAAGAAGAGAAUAUUGGAUUUGGCAAGGCUUAUGGUGCUUUGGAAAACGGGGUUCGCCAGAACGACGCCAAGGCCUAUCUCAAUCCGAUUAGGGACAGGAGUAACCUUUACGUUAUGAAGUCAGCUAGAGUGGAUUCAGUAGUGAUGUCUGGAAAAAGGGCCACUGGUGUAAAAGUGACACUAAAGAGUGAACGUCAAGUGGAGCUGAAGGCAAAGAAAGAAGUGAUAGUUUCGUCGGGAGCACUCGCUUCUCCACAUAUCCUCAUGCUGUCAGGUAUCGGACCACGAGAAGAACUGGAGCGCCAUAACGUAGAAUUGGUUGUCGAUCUUCCAGUUGGAAAACAUUUGCAGAACCAUUUAUUAUGGAUGGGAGUUUACCUGACGUUCUUAAACAAAAGCACCCAGGCUUCUAACUCACAAGAGCGUAUAUUAGACUGGACGUAUGAGUACUUGUUGCACCGUAAGGGAGAACUUUCCACAGCAGGUGGUGUCGAUAUUCUUGGAUUUGUCAACACCAAAGAUCCAAAUGCCAAGUAUCCUAAUCUACAGUUUCAUUUUGUGCCCGUACCACAGAACCAGCCCAUGAAAACAGUCGCACUUGGAAGAGCCUUUAACUUUGCAGACGAUUUGAUCGCCGAAAUGGUUGAACUUAAUUCGAAGUGCGAUAGCAUAAUUGUGGGUACGACUUUGCUGCAUCCCAAAACUGAGGCACAGCUAAAACUCAGAAGUACAUCUCCCGAAGAUCAAAUUGAAAUUCACGCGACCUAUUUGGAUAAUCAAGAGGAUAUCGACCAGAUGCUCGAAGGUCUAGACAUAGCCCGUGAUCUACUAAAGACGAAACCAUUUAAAGAUUUGGACGCUAAGCUACAUCGUUUUAACAUUGCUGACUGUGCAGCAUAUCCAACAGAUUCUCGAGAAUACUGGGAGUGCAACAUGAGACAUACAACUGCUACCGUCUACCAUCCAACGGGAAGUUGCAAAAUGGGACCAAACCGUAAAGAUUCAGUCGUCGACAUCAAACUGAAGGUACAUGGCGUUGAAGGGUUGCGUGUAAUCGACGCUUCUAUUAUGCCAGAGAUCACCAGUGGCAAUACACACGCACCAGUUUUGAUGAUAGCCGAGAAGGGUGCUGAUAUGAUCAAGAAGGAAUGGACGGACAAAACUGAGCUGUAAUACUUUUGUAACCUGUACAUUUUAGAGGCUCUUAUCAUAAUAUUACAAUUGUAUUACGGUAAUUCGAUGAUGUAAUAGCUUAUGUCAUUUAACUAUACCUAAUAUUGCAUUGUAAUUGAAGACGAUUGUAUUUUAAACUUUAUAAUGGUAAAAUGUAUUAUAAUGCGGAUGGUUAUUUUUUGAUAAUUUCUGAAUCAAACUAUCUUUAAAGAAUCGAAGUCAUUGGGUUUACGCGUAUAUGCACUUUAACAUGAAUUAUAAAUAAAUCAAAUUACUACCGUCGUUUUAAUGUGUAUAAAUAUUUAGUAAGUGAAAUUGUUUCAGUAACUAAAAUGUAUAAUUUAAUAACUAAUAUAGUUUCUUAAUUAUUAGUAUGAACUAAUAGACAAAAAACUAAUUACACAGUCGCUCGAAUGAAGCCAUAAGAUUAAAUACUGAUUGAUUUUUGUUCUGUUGACUGUCAGCCUUUUCACGCAUCAAAGGGUUUCUUCAUAAUGCCACGUAUUAUUAUUAUUAUUGUUAUUUUUUUUCACAAAUCGUUUGCCUUCUUGGGAUACACUUUCGAAGCAAUAAACAGUUUCAUUGUCAAGUGAAAGGGAAAGUUAAAUUUUUUUAUAUCCAAUAAUGACAAACACUUAUUCAGUAAUUGAAUAUAAGAAUAUGAUGAAAAAAAAAAACGUAAGGAUGAAGUAAUAAGUGACUGCAAAUAAUAAAUACAUCUUCAAGUUUUACUGUGUUAUUAAAAUAUAGUGUUAUUUAUAAAAAAAUUUUUUCAAGACUAGAUAAGUUAACAUAUGAAAGUGCGAGAGAUUGAGUUUUUUUUUUCUUUUAACUGAGGUACACGAAUGUGACAAUUUUCAAAGUUUUUUUUCAACCAUCAUACUAACACGUCUGAAAGGCUUAAUUAGUGUACUUUUAGACUUUCUCUUACAAAUUAUAAACUAUAAGUGGCGUGCCUUGUUUUUUUCACUCGAAUGAUCUAACUUGUAAAAAAGUAACUUUUGAAAUCCGGGCACGAAAAAGAACGAGAAAAAGAACGUCCGUACAAUUUGCAGAAGUUUUAUGAACAGUUAUAAUAGUCUUAUGGCUGUUUAAUAAAUAAAAUAAUUUAUUUUUUUAAAUAACUGGUAAGUAGAUAAUUGUCUCGAACUAAGGUUCAUAAAAUUUUUCACAACCUUUAAGGUUUGCUGAAAUUUUAAGAGUUUGUACAUUUUAAUAAUAUGCUCAAAUAGAAUUGAUUGUGUACACAAAAAUAAAAUUUAGCUCGCUUGUAA